AUGGCCUCUAAUAAUCGGAAUGCCAUCACUUUGAUUGAAACGGAUGAAGUCAAUCACCCCACCGCGACGUAUGUCUACACAGAGUCUCAGAAACAGAGCCGCAAUGGCGCACAGACAGGGCGGAUUGACCACAUUCCUCCAACCUCAGCACCCUCGUCAUGGUCUCGAGCCAAGUUAAUGAGCUUCCUGGGGGAUGUCUUUCUCCCGGCUGGUUAUCCGCAUAGCGUUACUGAUGAUUAUCUCCCAUACCAAAUAUUCGACUCUCUCCAAGCCUUCAGCAGCUCAAUCGCCGGCCUCCUAGCCUCCAGAGCCGUCCUACAAGGCGUCGGAGUCGGCAACCCAACCGCAACCCCAACAGCAGCGCUCCUCCUCUCCACCCUCCAAGACACAGCCUCCCGCCUCGCAACAAUCGCAUUCGCCUACCGCAUCGGCACAGCCCUCGAGCCAGAAUGCAAGCGGUACCGCUUCGCCGCGGACGUCUUCAAUGACCUGGGCAUGGUGCUGAAUUGUCUGUCGCCGAUGGUGCCUGCUGGUGUUGUCAGGGUGGGUGUGUUGAGUGCGGCGGGGGUGUUGACGGCGCUUUGUGGUGUUGCGGGGGGGAGUAGUAAGGCGACGUUGAGUGCGCAUUUUGUUAGGGGUGGGAGGGGGAGUUUGGGGGAUGUUAAUGCUAAAGAUUCAUCGCAGGAGACUAUCAUCUCGCUUAUUGGGAUGCUGACUGGCUCCCUGAUAAUAACCCACAUAACAACCCCCAUAACAACAUGGAUCACCCUCCUUACCCUGCUAAUACUGCACCUAUCCCUAAACUACCUCGCCGUGCGCUCCGUGCAAAUGACCACGCUCAACCGCCAACGCGCAAAUAUCCUCUUCUCAACGCUUCUAGGUUCAGAUCCUGCCCUUUUAUUUCUGACAUUGGGCGGGGGGAUGGGAGCCCCGUUGCAGCCACAGACUGAUAUACAAGAAGAGAAAAGGAAAUGGAACCUCCUAACACCAGCACAAGUCUCCAGCAAAGAACUUAUCUUCGAACAAGAUGAGAUAUUAAAAUGGUAUUCCAACAAAGCAGGACAGGUGGUUACCCUCGGAUACGCGAAUAUCGGCAUAUCAAUCAACCAAUUCCUCAACAGCACCGACCACAAUCUUUUACCCAAUCUGACAACCAUCUUCACGAACGAGUCAUACAUCCUCUAUCUAUCUUCUGUCACCACUAUUGGUACAACUACUAAAGUGAAAUGGACUGCGAAUAUCCUCCUGAAACAAUCAUCCACGCCGCACUCGCAGCUGAAAGCGUGGAUGCAUGGGUUGCUUGCUGCGCGGGUGAUUUCGUCCUCGUUUCCAGUUAAAGAGAAGGGCGGUGAUUAUGAUGAUAAAGUACUGCGAGUGAUGGAGCAGACGUUGACUUUCUUGAAUCAUGGAGAUAGAUUCGAGGAGUAUUUAUCUGCGCUGAAGGAGUGUGGAUGGGAGUUGGAUGUUGCGUCGUUGGAGACGAGGCCGGGACGGAGGGUUUCGGUUGCUUAA